ACUUUAUAAUCUGUCUUUUGAUGUUUAUAAAGACAAGUGGUAUAAUUAGUAUCAUAACUGAUAUAUCUUGAUACCUAUGUUUCCGUUUUUAACAAUAUGGCCGCCAGUUGUUUAGGGUAAUGUGGCGUUCGAGAAAACUGAGUGAAAUUAAUAAAAUAUUUAUAUGUGACGUAAAGAUGUAUAAAGUCUUCAAUGUUUUAUAGCAGUGUUUAAUGACAGAGACAGAUUUACCUUUAUUUUUAUUUCGUGUAUAAAUUUUUGGACACUUAAUAAUCGUUUUCUAAAUUGAACAGUCAACAAACUUUUGUUUAUUUCAUUGCAGUGAAUUUGUUUGUUUCUUCAGAUAAUAUUCUAUUAUGAACCAUCCAUACGUGUCUUGAAAUAGUGGAUUAAGGAUAGACGUCGACACAAUAGGAGUUGUUUAUUGUAUGAGUACAUGACCUACUGCACUGAAUGUGAAAUACUCAUGUACAACCAACAAAGUGAAGAAUUGUUAAAUAUAAAAUUUGAAGUUGUGAAAGUGGACAAAUAUAUUGUUUGGCUAUUUGAAAUGUUAUGGCAAACUUGAAUUUCCAGCAAGCGCCUAGAAGCCUAGCGAGCAGCGGGGUGGGCGGUCGCGUAAGCUCUGGGCUAGUCGGAGGAGUCUCAGGACAUGUGACGCCGACGUUUGGGGGCGCCCUGUCGCCUGGACGGGGGUCCACGGCGAUGCCAGGUGGCGCCCCCGCUGCUAUGGCCUCAAGAACAACCCUUUUCGGCCAGCGAGCGUUCGCGGACAGGAGGGUACCCAUGCCGACGACACUGUCACAGCAACCCAACUCUAAUUCCAUUUCGAGUAUGGGUAACCUGUCUCGGUUUAACGCCGGCAGCAAUUACCAUUCUGUGUUCGGCGAAGGCGGGGACACAUCAACGCCACCACUAUUAGAUCUAAGCGAGUUUCCAUCGCUGACGGCGCGCGGGGCCGGGGACCAAGCGCCGGCCGCAGCGCCGCCUCCCCCUGGCUCUAAACCUUACGUGGGUAUGGUGAAGCAGCCAACAUCCGAGCAGUCGGAAUUUACGAUGUCGUCAGAAGACUUCCCGGCGCUACCCGGCACGUCGACGACGGGCGCGAGUGCGGCGGGCGCGGGAGCGGGCGCGGGCGCGGGCGCGGGGCCGGGGGCGGGGGCGGGCGUGGGCGCGGGCUCGGUGGUGGCGGCGGCGGUGGCGGCCGCGGGCGUGUCCGCGCCGCAGCCCGGGCCCCCCGCGGCCUCUCACGCUCACCCCUCACACGCCGCCCUCGCCGCAGACUACACCAACCACAAUACGGACAAACCCAGAAAAGGGAUACAGACCUCGCCUGAUGUUGUCAGUCAAGGAGCACAUACGGAAUUAUAUGGUACAGUAACGAACAUACCAGAGACGAUGAUACCAAAUCAGUUUGGUAUUGUAGGACUGUUGACGUUUAUACGGGCAGCCGAGUCGGAUCCCAGUUUAGUGUCGUUGGCGCUAGGUCAGGAUCUAACGGCAUUAGGACUGAAUUUAAAUUCACCGGAUAAUUUAUAUCUCACGUUCGCCGGACCAUGGGCGGAUACACCCUGCAGACCACAAGACUUGGACUACCAUGUGCCUCCCGAGUACCUGAUAAAUGGUUCUAUUAGAGAAAAGUUGGCACCACUACGACUAAAUCGAUAUAAAGAAGAUCUAUUAUUUUAUUUGUUCUACUGUUUUGUGGGCGACGUAUUACAAAUUGCUGCUGCAGCCGAAUUAUAUAACCGCGAGUGGCGGUAUCACAUGGAGGAGAAGGUGUGGAUCUCUCAAGCGCCCGGUAUGCCAAUGGUGGAGAAAACGUCCACCUACGAGCGCGGCACCUACUACUUCUUUGACGCGCAUAAUUGGCGCAAGGUGGCGAAAGAAUUCCACCUAGAUUACAGCAAACUCGAAGGCCGACCGCAGUUGCCGCCGCACGUGCUCACGUAGCGUUCCCGCUGCAACCAUUCUCACACACCUAUUGUAGUUUUGUUAUAUAAAAAGUACAAG